AUGGAACAGGAAGAAGAGCCAUGGCACCUUACAAUUGUACUACUUGAAGGAUUACGCUUGAUGCGCCCAGAAAAGGGAUGGCGACCUAUUGUAACUGUAGAAAUCGACAAACAUGAUGUUCACGAAACCACUCUGGGAGUGGAUGGCCAAAACGUCAAUCAGAAAGAUGUUUUCAAAUUCCACGGUGCUGGCCACUUGUCAAAGGUCGAUGUUAACGUUUGGCAUCGAUCACAGAGCAAAAAGAAGAAGAAGAAAAUUCUGGUGGCGUCGGCAUCGCAUUCCUUAGGAGAGCUAUUGAAGAAGCAGGAACUGGAGCAUACGUUUGCAGAACUGGAUCUUUCCCUCCAAUGCCGAACCUCAACACGUCAUGCAGGGGGUUCGAGCAAAGGAAGAUCCCAGAAGAAAGCCUUCCUUCGUCUGAAGAUAAAGCCUCCGCCCACCCAACGUCACUUCAAAUAUUCGAGCGACAUAGAUUCAGAACCAUCUAUAUGCAGUUCUCGUCAGUGGAGGGGUUCGGCAUCUUCCACAGACGAUUCAUGCUCCAUUGCCACAGACGAUUGCCUAGACGAAAUUCCCAAACCUUCUACAUCUGCCCAACAAACUCUUCGACGGCGGAUCAGAGGAUAUAUCAUCGACACAGACGACGAAAACUUCGAUAACAGUGAUGGAGAUUAUCUGCCUGACGUACCAUCAUAUUCUGAUGAUCAAAACGGUCGCAUCAUUGGAGACAGAGACGAAUAUGCAAAAGCGACAGACCUUCAUCCUACUCUAGUAUCGAAUGGAGAGAUUAUCUCGUUCGAGUCAACCGAGCAAACCUUUGUGGCAUUUUCUGAUAUCCCUCUUCCUCUGUACACAGAGAAGGUGGUUUUCACUCCCGAACGGAAUUUAGUUCAAAGACUGCUUGCAUCUCUGACUAUGUAUGGGGAUUUGAGUACAGCUGCAAAUGAGGAUCAAUUUGCUGCCGUAUUUGUUCGGUUGCAACAUGAGUGGACGUUUAUUGGUGGACUUCUGGUAGCCUUGGCCGCAGUUGACACCGCUGUUUUUUCCAUAUCCCCAGACUCAAUGUUCAACGUGGAUUCGUAUGCAAGGGCGGCUAUUGCCACGAGCAGUGUUGCAUCCGGACUUGGAAUUGCCUGCGAUGCGUGGUUUCUUCUCCGAUACAAUUGGGCAGAUUUACGGACGUUCAUCACACGUGCCAAGGAUCUUUAUGAUUCUUACUUCUUCUUUUCGCUUUCUGCUCGGGUCCCCGCUUUUUGCAUGUUCAUCUCAGCUGUUUCGCUUAUGGGCUUCCUUGCCCUCGUAGCAUUUGAUGCCUGGCCUCAGGGUGUAAUUGGCGUCUCUUUCCUAGUCGGAAUCGUUAUGUCAAUGCAGUUCCUCGUAUAUGGUGCUCAUUGGUUUGCAAACCGAGUUGUUGAUGGGGGACGAGCUGGGAGCCGAAGUGUUGUUACGGUGGUUCGAGUGGUCAAAAGAUCCAUGACUCGGUCAACGUGA